AUGGUUGCAGCCGAGCUUAUUUUCGGUUAUUACGGUACAGUAGUGGGAACGCCUUUAAGUGCAUUGAGACGUUGCUACCCGUGCGCACGUCUACCAGCGAGGACUGCCGCCCUAGUCUGCCCACCAAUCCUCCUUGUGACCGUCUUUGGACCAUCUUGA